AAUGUAGAGAUCCAGGAUUUAAAAGAGAGACGUCGAAGAUAACUGCGCUGGAUAAACUUCAAAAUUUAUUCCUACAGUGUCGGAAGUGGGACGUACACAUGUGCAAAAUUCAUUAUCGAACUUCGUUCAAAAUUAGUUCAAGUGAGAGUGUCGACCGGAAAAAGAAAACAUGAAGUACAAUGUAGUGUAGUGUCUACAAGUAGUUGUAAGAUGUCGUACAAAUCGGGCAGACGUGAUCAUGUUCAUACAUAUGUAAAUUUAAAAAUUUAUUCCUACACACGACACAAAGGAAACGGAGAAAACGGGAACGCGGAUUCGCCUCGAUUUAACGGACUGUACCGCGAAAGCGAUUAUAUAUCGUGCGUCAUGUGUUUCUCACGCGGAGUGUACCACUAGAGUGUGUAGAUGCAUGCACUCGUUGCUUCGCACGGCGAUCAUAACGUCACGGCGAAUGACAUUUAAAUUUUCCAGUUGAAGAUUCCGCUACGAAAAAAGGAAGUAAAUAGAAUACGACGCGUUUACGGGAAACGUGUGCGCGUUCGACACAUCACGUUACGUUAACACAGAGGAUCGAAACGGUCAAAAGGAAGCGCAUCAUGAACGUAGACAACGACUUGGACCAGCAUUUGUUGCGCCAGUUCAGCUGUCUAAGCACCACUGAUAAGGACGAUCUGGUAAAACAGCUGCAGAGCAUGCUCGCUGGCAACUACGUAAACGAGGCAGCCGCCAGGUUCUUCCUCGAUAUGAAUAACUGGAACCUCCAAGCAGCUAUAUGUAGUUACUUCGACUGUGAAUCGCCACUUGAAUUACCACAUUACUGCAUGACGCUAAUAUGUGACAGUACAAUUGGUAACGGAGAGUCAGUACCACCUGAUACUAAAUUUCGAAAAUCAUGGUGUGUACAAAAUAGUGGCACAGAACCAUGGCCAGAUGGAGUUUGCCUACAACGUACCGGAGGAUUAGUAAUGGGAUGUACUAGGGUAGCUGUUCCAUCUUUAGGUCCAAAAGAAACAACAGAGGUGAGCGUUGAACUUGUAAGUCCUCCGGUUCCUAAUGUCACCUAUCAUAGUCAAUGGAGGAUGAAAACUUCUACUGGUUCUUACUUUGGUGAUAUUAUUUGCAUGGCAAUUACUGUGAGCGAGUGUGGUACUUUAGCGGUUACCCAACAGCUACAUCAAUUAAGUACUUCACAGUCCAACGAUGUACAAAUGUGUUAGCCCUUGAUAUCCGGAGACUUCCCUUAAAUUUUUUCUUUUUCUCCGUUCUUUAUGGAAAAUAUCUUUCAUUACUUGAAAUCGAACAAGUGGACAUACGAUUGAUUCAUUUGGAAGAUGCUGCUUUGAAUGAUAGGAGUAUAUGUAUAUUUUCUGCUACAGACGUCGCAAUAAACGAUAUUUCCAGUAGACAUUUACACACGAUUUAAGGAAGUACUGGAUUCAGAAAUUGUA